GAAAAAGUAAUUUGACGUAAUGACGUCAUCCCUACGUCCAGAAAAAAACCAGGAAGCAGUAACCAGUACGUGGCCUUUUCAUCUCGAACAGUAGCUGCGGGAAUCUCGCUUCGUCACAAAAUGGAACUAGAGGCCAUGACCAGGUACACCAGCCCGGUGAACCCAGCGGUGUUCCCCCACCUCACUGUGGUCCUACUGGCCAUCGGAAUGUUCUUCACAGCCUGGUUCUUCGUUUAUGAAGUAACAUCAACAAAAUACACAAGGGACGUCUACAAGGAGCUGCUUAUCUCACUGGUGGCUUCACUUUUUAUGGGCUUUGGUGUGCUUUUCUUACUGCUGUGGGUUGGCAUCUACGUAUGAAGGUGGCUAAGUCAAAAGAACAUCACACAUUCCAACGAGACAAAGAACAUCCAUCACAACACUUACAAGAUUCUGGCUCUUAAUUUGAUGGCACUGACAAUAUUAUUUGAAUCACAAGGACUCUGGAUUUCAUUUCACAAGUAAAGGGGAUUUGUACAAAU